AUCAUAACUUCGAAAGGGACAAAUAAUAUUUAGUAGGGAGCCAAAUGGAAGCAAAACAAUAAAGCAGGGAGGGGUGAGUGUACCCGAGAGCUGAUUUGAGACUCCUGCACUGAUCAGCGUUGCUGGAUGCAGCCAAGAGAGGAAGAGGAGGAGGAGAGGAAGGAGGAGCGACAGAGCGCACAGGCUGGCUGAGCCUCACAGCUCUCAGUCUCUCCUCUGAGCUUCACAAAGCAGCUCCACUUCGCUUCGUUUUUGUCCACACUGAAGCUUUCAUGCACUUCCUGCCCGAGCUGACAAGAGGAAAAGCAGCCGAGGGGCCGAUUCGCUCCGACUCCUUCCAGACCAUGCUGCCUUGGAGGAGGAAUAAGUUUGUUCUUGCUGAGGAUGAGGCCAAGAGUAAGCCCAAGAGUCUGGGGACGGGGCUGACCUACCACUCCAUCCUCACCUCGCUCCUGCGCUCCUGUCCUGACCUGCUGCCCGACUGUCCCUUCGACUGGGUGGGCAGCAUCUUCCACACCAAACGGCAGAAGGUGGAGCUGAACAAGGAGGAGCCGGUUUACAACGUGCGAUACCUUGGGAGCAUUGUUACCAUCACGGCAAAGGGAGAAGGCUGCACCCAGGAGGCGGUGGCCAAGAUCUGGGCGAGGAGCAACUACGGCGAGCAGAGCGUCAAGAUGAGGUUGACUGUGGGGUCGCAGGGAAUCCGAAUGAUCACCAGCAAAUCCGGGGACAAGAAGCCCGUCCACCUGUACUCUCUGAACCGAAUCACGUGCUGCGCGACGGACCCAUACCGCCCCAAAAUCCUGGCUUGGAUCUACAGACACCAGGUCAAGAACAUGGCGGUGGUGCUUCGGUGUCACGCCGUCCUGGUUAGCAAGUCGGAGAAGGCCCAGGCCAUCGCCCGCAGCCUCUACCAAAACGCCACCUCCGCCUUCAGCGAGUUUAAGCGGCUGAAGCGUCAGAGCGACUUCCGGCACCGCCAGCAGCAGCUGCUAGGCGAGGAGGUGGUGCCCCUGAUGCCGUUGCGGAGGCUGCUGAACGGCCAGUGCCACUACAGACCCCAAAUGGAUCAUCCAGGGAGCACCACCCGCCUCUGCUCCAUCACAGAGGAGGAGGAAGAGGAGGAGGACCACAAAGAGCCAGAGAAAAACCUACCGGGACAGCAGGAGAAGCAGAAAGUUCUGACCACAAAAACAGACCCGACUCAGCUACUGUCAGAGCUGGACAUUGGGGACAUCGCCCGACUCGAGCAAUGCCAGAUCAACUUCGUCAGCGACAGCAACAACAACACCUUUUCAUUUAUUACCUCUCUGGUGUGACUUUCACAGACAGGGAUUCUCCAGCACAACAACACAUUCCUGUCUCCUCUUUAACCUCUCCGCUCAGGCUCCCUCCCUCCCCGUCCAUGCAAGUGUUUACCAGAAACUUCUCAGAGAAGGGACGGACGACGGCUCCGUGGGUGCGAUUCCCCUUCUCUGCCCAGACGGCUCGGUUCCUGCUUUCGACUGCAGUUUUUGGAAAACUGCUUGUUUACAAAAGAGGGCUCCUGAUGCACAGAAAAAGGACAGCACAAUGUCGAACGAGGACACAAACGCGAUCAAAGAGUCAGCACCUCGCAGGAUCUACCCAACCGUCCUCGGUUGUGAGCAUCUUCACACCCCCAUUUGCCAGCAAGGACCUUUUUUAGAGGAUCAACUUGUAAUAUUCUUCUUUUUUCCAAGAUGGUUAUUUGUAAAUUUGUGUAAUUUUUCUAAAAUGACUGCCUUUUCCUGAAUCUCGCUCCCAGACUGACCUUUUGCCAGACGUUUAUUACAGUUUUGCUAAUACGGCUAUAAUCCAGGAGGCAAGCCAUUGUUUAACGCUGCCAGCUGUCACAGCCCUCAUCACCCGAGCAUGACAAGUCAGCAGUAACCUUUGCAGCUUUCUCGUCGUUUUCCUCACGUGGCACCUUUGAUUCCUCUGUUUCUCAAACCAGCACUGUGAUAAAUGAUGUGUGUAUUGACGAAUAGAGCAGCAGCCCCUCCAAAGUGAUGUAAUGUAGUUUUGUUUGCGUUCAAACCGAUGUCAUCAGCAGUGAAAGUCACUAAAAAGCAAAACUGUGAAAAUCAAGUAUUUCAAUAAAUCAUCGUAUGGUAGCCGGGUCACAUUGACCCAAACAUCUGAAGAGGAAGAUGCGUUUAAGGUGGUCAUUUGUCAUCUGUUUAUAGACCUUUUUGUUGCGAUUUAUUUGCAAGAAAAGGCUAAUUCGGUUACUGGGUGUUCGGGUCACAUUGACCCACCCCACCCAAAAAGAAAUGCAUGUGCAGAGGCAUAUCCUAAAUGACUUCUGUACAACAUUUAUCCCCAUCUAUAGAACUAGAAUAUUUCACAAGAGGCUAAGAAAGAACUGUAGAAUUAAUAGAAUAUUUUUGUUAUCGAUUUGUGGAUUAUUGUGAUUGUUUUUAAAAUGAUAAAUGUCUUUUUUUGGGUUUAUGCGAGCUUCUCUUCUCUUCGCAUUUGCAGUGUGAUCAUCAUGAGAUGAAGGAGGUUUUCUUUUUUCUUUUCUUCCACGUAUGAUGAAUAAAAUUUGCCCUCAUUCGGCUUGCCGUCUUGAA